AUGGACGACAACAUUCACGCUCCGACGGUCGCCUCCGGACCGACAACCGGAAGGACUCAAGGCCCCGAUCUAGCCAAGCUGUCGGUGAUCGAGCUGAUGCAAGAGAAACAAAAGAUAGAAGAAGAACUCUCUGCGCUCAGCAGUGUUCUCUCAUCACAUGGGGUCAAUAUGAACACGUCGCUAACGACCUUUGACGGCUUCCCACGAGACGAUAUCGACGUAGCCCAAAUCCGCACGAUACGGUCGCAAAUUAUCCAUCGCCGCAACGAUCACAAAGAGCUCAUGAAAUACGUUGAGAAGGCCGUCCACGAGCACUUUGAGAACCUCCAGCGCGCACAGAACACGACGGCCUCAAGCGGGAAUACCAAUGGAGUGGGAGGAUCGCAGUCGAACCUGAACGGCAAUGCUACGCCGGACGCUGGGACGCUUGGGCCGCCAUUUGCAAAGGUGAACAGCGUUACGGAGGCCAGUCCGGCUCAUCAGGCCGGUCUACGGGCCGGAGAUACUAUCCGUCAAUUUGGGAGUGUCAACUGGAUCAACCAUGCCCGUCUCACCAAGGUGGCCGAAGUGGUUCAACAGAACGAAGGAACCUGGUACUAA